AUGAAGAGGUCUUCUGAUUCAGAGACGCUUACGAAACCUAAGCGAAUUCGUUCUCAAAGGGAAUUCGACGAUAACGGUGUGCGAGAUCGAUUGUCUUCCCCGGAUAGUGCGCGGGAUAGUGGCUCCCCGAUUCGUCGAAGUUCUUCUUUGACAAGAAAGCUCGACGUUAGGACGUAUAAGCGCAGCUCGAACGUAAAUGUGCGAAACGAAAAUAAUUAUCAAAAUCCGCGAAAAAGAACCGACCGAGAGUCGGAACAUCAAAUUCGACUCUCAAACCUUGCCAGCCAUAUUGGAGAUCAGUCAAUGAAACAGGAAAUAUUCCACGAGUUCAAGAAGUUCGGGAGCGGUGAGAUGACCGUGCAUUUGUUUGGACGGGAUGACGACCGUUAUGGAGUUGUCUGCUUUCGAAACAUCGACGAUGCUCGAGAAGCAAAGCGUGCUAUUGAACGCCGUGGACGUCUUAUGCUGUUUGACCGUGUAGUUAUUGUAGAUUAUGAUUUUCAAGAAAGGACGUCACGACGGAGUUAUAGCCCUAACGAGUACCCGCAGAACUACAGCCGAUCGCUAUCCCCUCCACGCAGAACUCAACGAAAUAACCAGCAGUUUGAUCUUGACCGGAAUCGGGGAGAUAACGACCGUAGAAACUACAGAACUGGUGGUUCUUAUGGACAACAAAGUCAAAUUCGGCCUGCUGAGUACAUUCCCCCGGAAGACGAUCCGAAAGCCACCCGUACGCUAUUUGUGGGAAAUUUGGAAACGAGCAUUUCUAGCCAAGAAUUGCGUCGUGCCUUUGAGCGGUUCGGAGUAGUUUUGGACGUGGAUAUUAAACGGCCAGCUCGCGGACAAGGGAAUACGUACGCAUUUGUGAAGUUUGCAGACCUUGAUGUUGCUGCUAAGGCGAGGGUAGAAAUGCAAGGAGAAACAAUCGGUCGUAACCGCGUAAAAAUCGGCUACGGGAAAAGUCAACAAACCACCCGGUUAUGGGUGGGUGGGUUAGGGCAGUGGACGUCGAUUGUUGAGUUGGAACGCGAAUUUGACCGCUUUGGAGCUAUCAGACAGAUCGAUUAUGAAAAGGGCGACGACCAUGCUUACAUUUUGUACGAUAGUUUGGAUGCUGCGUCUGUGGCCGCUCGAGAAAUGCGUGGAUUUCCACUCGGCGGCCGCGACCGUCGAUUAAAGAUUGAUUUCGCUGAUAAAGACCAUUUACAAGACCCUCGUCUUCGACAACCACCGAGUCCUCCGAGGAGUCGUAUCAACAACGUGGAUGGCAGAGUUGACGAUGAUUUGUUUUCGGUAGAGAGGACCUACGAAAGUGAUCGAAUGUACGACCGCAAGCGUGAUCCGUCACCGUACCGCCGCGAAUCACACCCUGGGAACGAAAGUGAAUUCAGAAACUGGCGUGAGGAAGGUAAUUCCUAUAAACCUGAUUUGGGUCGACAACAUGAUCUACCUCCCCAGCGGUCUUAUAACAGUUCUAACAGCUGGCCAAGGGAUGAGCAUAAUGUGCGCAUUGAUGAGUCUGACAACUGGGAAAAGCGAUCUCAGGACAGAAAUUCACGAGGACAACGCUACAGACAGAGGGCACCUCCAGUGGAUAAUUACCAGCCAAUUGACCAUUCACCUUUACCACCGAGAGAAGUUGACAACAACAGGACUCGAAAGCGCAGGCCGCCUUCCCCUUUACGGACCAAAGAUUACAGGGACCAUGGUAGUCCCCCUAAACGCCGUCGAAGCCCAAGAACUAGAUCUCCCUCUCCAAAUCAUGCCAACCACUCACGUCCAACCUCACCUUCAGAUUCACUUCGUUCAGGUUCUUUGGAUAAUCGCUUCAGUCGGUCCCGUCAUGGUGAUAGUUUGAAUACUGGUAAUGGUGAUGAGAGGAAACGAUCCAAUUCAGCUGAUGAUAAUGAGAACAAGAAUUCUAGCAUCAAGGAAGAUUCUGCGAAAGAUGUGCAAACAAAUGAGUUACCAAGGCAAGAAAAUGAGAUCUCUAACUCAGCGGGAACAGAAACCUUACAAGACCUGGUUAAAAGAUUUGCUGUUGCUUGGCGUGGGGCACUAAUUUUAAAGAAUAGUGCUUUUCCUGUUCGCAUGCAUUUCAUUGGUGGAAAUCCUGAAGUUGCUGACUCACUGCUUCGUUCAGAUGGUUCUUCUGUUUCCCAGAGUUCUAUUUUGCGGAUUACUCAGCGUCUGCGUUUGGACCAACCAAAACUGGAAGAAGUUACCCGGAGGAUCAACACAGCUGGUGCAAGUGGUCAUUGCUUGCUACUUGCUUUGCCGGGUGUGCAAACACCACUACCUGAAGACCCAAAUUCUGAGGAAGCCCUGCAGCAUCGACCGUUGAGGAAUCUUAUGACAUAUCUCAAGCAGAAACAAGCUGCUGCUGUAGUUAAUCUUCCUGUAAUACCUGGAAACCCUGCUACAACAAAGGAUGAUGUUGGCGUCUUACAUGCAUUUCCUCCCUGCCAAUUUUCACAUGAGCAUUUGAUGCGCAUUGCACCUCAUUUGUCUCCUGAACCAUCGAAGGAAGAUCAUCUGGUUAUUCUUGUUAUCCGCGGCAGUGGCUAAGAAUCAGUUUGUACAUGGAGUGGAAAAGUUUACAUGUUGUCUUGUUUUAGUGCUGCUUCAUCAAUAGAGAACUGGCUAGAGUUUUUCUGAAUAAACUUUUGCAAUGUCCUGUUGUUUUUCACUGGAACUUGAAAGAUAUCAUAAUGCAUCUUUAUCUCUUUAUGGCUGCUGUUCAGGCUUCAUGUUAUCAUCAAGUUUUUGCUCUUCAAGUCUGGUCUUCAUUUAUGCAACAUCAAGUCAGCCCAGCAAAGCAAGACUUAAUUCUGUUUUUAUCAGUUUAUUGCUGCAUUUAUUUUCACAAGUUUCAAAUGGAGAUAUUUUUUCCUUAAAGUAAUGGAACUGUGAACUUUAAAUACAUAUUUGCGAUAUUGUCUGCACUUAAGUGUUGUGAAAAGAUUUCAACUGUGAAUUUUACUUUCCUUGUGUUGAUGUCGAAGCAAUGCACUAAUCAAGUUUGUAAUCAGUUUGUUUCUUUGGUCACCUUAACUGAUUGACGGUUGACUUUCAUCUUGUCUACUGAGUGAAUCAAUCAACAGUUUGAUGCUAGUAACAAGCCAAAGUAGAAAGUUUUUUUCUUUAAUAAGUCACAGUUGAAGUCAUUAUCACAAGAAAGGCAUUUGCAUUCCAGUCUCUGAAGCAGCGAGAAGCAUAUUAAUCACUAAUCAUCUUAAACCAAGUUUGAGUCCAAAGAAAGUUUCUUUUUAUUAUUUACAUAGUAGUGUAUAAUCGUACUUACCUCUAAUGGUAAAGGUUUCCAUUGUUAAAGAAGGAAAGCAUAAUAGCUUGACAGUCUAUACAGUCGUAAAAGUUUGAAAUCAUUGUUUAGUAGGUUUAGUAUGUUUAUAACCAGUGUAGUGGUAACGUGAAAUUGUAGUGAAGUAAGGCUGUAACCUCUUCACAUCCAUGUUCAUUUGGAAUGAAGGUGAAAGGUGUUGCCUCAUUGCUUCCAGUGUCCUUGGCGUAUUCACAUACUUUUUAAUUCCAGACUGUAACAUUAGGUGGAAAUACGUUGUUCAUUAAACUGAUUGUGAAUGAUAAAGAUGUCUGGUUCAAUCUUGCAGCCGGCAUGAAAUUGCGAGACAUAAUGGCUUUUGCACCAUUUUUGUGGAACAUCAUAGAUAUUGCCUUUCAUCAUGAAUUCAACAGUUCUCUUGAAUUUGAUUUUUUUCGUGGAAGUGACACAUACUACAGCUGCUGUUGGAUUCUUCAUCAGCUUCUCAGUCUAUCUGAUGACGAGGAUAAUGCUACAGUUUGA